AUGGCUCAGAACAAGGGAGCAGAAAAUGGAGGGUUUCGCUUCACGAGGACAGGAAGCAUGGGACGCCAGGGGCUACCGAAGAUCCAAACCCACCAUGAGGCCACGUCGGAGGUUUGCCACGAUGACAGCGGGACGCCGGUGAAGGCGAAGACCAUCGACGAGCUUCAUUCUCUUCAGAAGAAGAAGUCGUCGCAGCCCACCACGCCCAUCAACGGGACGCAGGGAGCUUUUGCCGCCAUUUCUGAAGAGGACCGGCAGAAGCAGCAGCUGCAGUCGAUCAGUGCGUCUUUGGCGUCGCUGACGAGGGAGACGGGGCCCAAGGUGGUGAAGGGGGACCCAGCGAGUAAAUCGGAGGGCCAGAAGGCGACGCAUGUGGAGCAUCAUCUGUACGACGCUUCCCUCUUUGGCGUUAGUGAUAGUGCCCUCAAGUUUACCCACAUCCUCUACAAUCUCUCUCCUGCUGAAUUGUACGAGCAAGCUAUCAAGUACGAGAAAGGUUCUUUUAUAACAGCAACUGGUGCCUUGGCCACAUUGUCUGGAGCAAAGACUGGUCGUUCACCGAGAGACAAACGAGUGGUGAAAGAUGAAGAAACCGAAAAUGAGCUUUGGUGGGGAAAGGGCUCACCCAACAUUGAAAUGGACGAGCACACUUUCUUAGUGAACAGAGAAAGAGCUGUAGAUUACUUGAAUUCCUUGGACAAGGUAUAUGUGAACGAUCAGUUUCUCAACUGGGAUCCAGAACACCGAAUCAAAGUUCGGAUUGUAUCUGCAAGAGCUUACCACUCCCUCUUUAUGCAUAACAUGUGCAUCCGCCCUACUCCUGAAGAGCUGUUGGAAUUUGGUACUCCGGACUUCACAAUCUACAAUGCCGGGCAGUUCCCGUGUAACCGUUACACCCACUACAUGACUUCCUCCACUAGCGUAGACCUCAAUCUUUCUAGGAGGGAAAUGAUCAUUCUUGGCACCCAGUAUGCUGGGGAAAUGAAGAAAGGCCUGUUCAGUGUCAUGCACUAUCUCAUGCCUAAGCGUCAAAUCUUGUCCCUACACUCCGGCUGCAAUAUGGGGAAAGAUGGGGAUGUUGCCCUUUUCUUUGGCUUGUCAGGCACUGGGAAGACGACUCUGUCUACAGAUCAUAAUAGGUAUUUAAUUGGAGAUGAUGAGCACUGCUGGAGCAACAAUGGUGUGUCAAACAUUGAAGGUGGUUGCUAUGCCAAGUGCAUUGAUUUGUCAAAGGACAAGGAGCCAGAUAUUUGGAAUGCUAUCAAAUUUGGGACUGUUGUGGAGAAUAUUGUGUUCGAUGAGCAUACUCGAGAGGUGGAUUACUCUGAAAAAUCUGUUACUGAGAACACUCGGGCAGCAUAUCCUAUAGAAUACAUACCAAAUGCGAAAAUACCAUGUGUUGGCCCCCAUCCGAAAAAUGUCAUCCUUCUGGCAUGUGAUGCAUUUGGUGUGCUCCCACCUGUGAGCAAGUUGAGCUUGGCACAAACUAUGUACCAUUUCAUCAGCGGCUACACUGCUUUGGUGGCUGGAACAGAGGAUGGUAUUAAGGAGCCGCAAGCUACAUUCUCAGCAUGCUUUGGUGCAGCGUUUAUAAUGAUGCAUCCCACAAGGUAUGCAGCAAUGUUGUCUGAAAAGAUGCAGAAGCACGGCGCCACUGGAUGGCUUGUUAAUACAGGCUGGUCUGCAGGAAGGUAUGGAACAGGUAACCGUAUCAAAUUAGCCUAUACCAGGAAGAUUAUCGAUGCUAUUCACUCGGGCACGCUUUUGAAUGCAAGCUACACCAAGACUGAAGUAUUUGGUCUUGAGAUCCCUACUGAGAUUGAGGGUGUACCUUCAGAAAUUCUGGAUCCAAUAAACACUUGGUCAGACAAAAAAGCCUACAAAGACACACUGCUUCAACUAGGUGGUCUGUUCAAGAAGAACUUUGAGGUAUUCUUGAAUCACAAGAUUGGAAAGGACAACAAGCUCACAGAGGAAAUUCUUGCAGCGGGUCCAAAUUUUUAA